AAUAAUUCUUUUUAGAAGAUCUGAUUGGUUAAAAGACUAUUUGCCUCCUGAAAAAAAUGUAAACAGAGCUUAUAGCAAGUCAUCUAUACAAUAAUGAAUCGCUAAAACAACAUUUCGAUUCAAACCCUGAAAUACAUGGUUUUACCUAAAAAAAUACACACUCACCAUAAGGUGCAGUAACAUGAUAAAACAAAUAGAUGUUUACUCUACUUAGUGGGUUAUGGAAAUGGUUAUUUCAAAAGGAUGAAUUUUGCAUAUUAAUAGUUGGACUGGAUAAUGCAGGUAAGACAACGUUCCUGGAACAUGCUAAACGGAAGUAUGCUAUUAAAAACUAUAAAGGCAUUCCCUUUGAAAAGAUUGGCCCCACUGUAGGAAUGAACGUUGGCCACAUACAUAUUAAAUCUGAGAUAUUGCUGUUGUGGGACUUAGGGGGACAAGAAGAACUGCAGACUCUUUGGAAUAAAUACUUUAUGGAUUGUCAUGGAGUGAUUUAUAUGAUCGAUUCCUCAGAUGCACAAAGGCUUGAAGACUCCUAUAAAUGUUUUGAUACUCUCAUAUCGGAUGAAGAUUUAGUAGGAAUACCUAUGUUAGUAUUAGCUAAUAAACAAGACAAACCAAAUUCCAUAACAGCAGAAGCAGUUAAGGAAAUAUUUAACAGAAGUUCCAAUAAAUUGGGUAAACGAGACUGUAUGCUGCAUGAAAUAUCUGCUCUCGAUGGAAGUGGAAUUGAAGAAGGACUACAAUGGAUGCUGGAACGAGUAAAAAGAAAUAUUUUUCACCGACCACCGAGGGAAAAAGAAAUUACGUGACAUUCUAAUAACAGUGUUUUUAUUCUUUUUAUGGAUUAAUGUGAUUUUUUUUAAAGUAUAUACUGUAAGCCUCUGUGUUAAAAUAUAUUGAUCUUUUUAUAAGUAUAUAUUUCUCCAUAGUUUAUUUAUUUAUUUCCUAUUUGUAGCAACACAGACUUGUCAUCCUGUCUGGACCAUUAUAGUAGGAAUAAUCUAUCAGAAUAUCUGAUUUGGAAGCACUUUUGAAAAUAUCAAUGGACCUUUUUUUCCUAUAUCUAUAGGCUAAAACAUUUUCAAAGUGGCACAAUGAAAUAAGCUUAGAAGUUUAAAUAUAUUUUGGGAAUCGUAUGUUAAUAAAAAUAUUUUAUUUUAUGAGCAGGUCUAAAUUAUGUGUAUUAUUGUAUCAGAGUUUUAUUCAAUUCUUGUGAAAUUAUUUACUCAAAUAUACAUAAUAAUAUUUUGGUAUUUUGUAUCUGUAUUAUUGUAUUUGUAUAUACAUAUAUUUUUUAAAGUCCAA